GGAGGUUAUUUGGGCGUGCUUGUCACACAGGGCAGCGUUCAACGACCAACAGUCUAAAUUUGACUGGCCGAAACGCCAUCCCCGUCAUGGAAUGGAAACGGCUGUCGUCUGGAAUUUGGGGAAGUUCUCCGUUGUUCAUGCCUUGGAGCGCCCCCUCGGCUUCGUGGAUUUCAGGCAGCGUUUCACAGCCUCGCCAUUAUUCUUUCGCAUCGGCCAUCCGAGACAGAAACCGCGCCAAGUCGAGGGCACACUUUUCGAGUCCACCCAAGCCUGCAUGAUUCGAUCUCGAGCUUCGCCCGCCAAUUUCCCAAAUUUCCCGAUUCGGCUGGGCUGAUUAGAUAAUUUUCGACAUGGACCGUGCAUUGCCAUUUCAAGAUCACGUGUUCCCCACAGUCUUUGGCCCUGUCACUGCUGGAUCGGCUUCUGGUCUCCCUGCAUUUUUACUGAGCGCUGAAUACUAGUUUUACUGUUAUUUACCACACUCGCUUGCAUUUUUAUUGAAGCUGGAAGCUUUGUUUUACUAACCUGUUGCAGGGCUUUCUGCCAGGUUACCACCUUUCAUAUCCACUAGCAUGGUCUGGUGAUGUCUGCGCGAUAUUCCCAAUCAUCUGGGUUCAACCCUCGAGACCGUUCUCCCCAACGAUUUGGUGAUCGUCGCCCUCCCGCUGGCCCCCGUGGAUCUGAAGAUGCAGGGUUACCGAUAGGACGAGAGCCGCCCAGGGCACCCAAGGCCUUGAUUGACACCCCUCGAGGCGGCUCAUUCGGUGGUCGAGGCCGCGGAUAUCCUGGCCGUGGAGACUUCCGUGACAGGGACCGUGACCCCCGCGACCGCGACAGAGAACGCGACCGCGAUUUUCGAGAUGCCCGCGAUGGACCACCGCCAUUUCGCCGCGACGUCGAUCGAGAUUGGGGCCGCCGCAACCAUGACUUCGACGCAAGAGAGUCCCGAGUUGGAUUCGGUCGCGGUCGCUCACGUUCGCCUCCUCCCCCUCGCGACUUUCGCGAUACACGAGAGCCACUAGGUAGAGACCCAGAUGCCGUUCGGAUGCGACGCGGUUCGAGAGAUAGCUUGCUGUCGGUGUCUUCUGCUGCCCCGGAUGGUCCUCCCUUAGGAGCUGGUCACCACUCUCGUCCUGGUCCGAUCCGGGGCCGGGGACGUGGCGAUUGGGAUGGAGGGCGCGGGCGCGGUCGGAUGCCGUAUUUGGAUGAUCGCGAUUCUUUUCGUCGUCGAAGUCGGUCACGCGACGCCAGAUGGGAAAGAGAGCGCGAUCGAGAUCGCGACCGUGACAGAGAACGUCCUAUUGAUCGUGAUCGCGACCGAGAGCGACUGGGUGUAGAUCGAGACAGGGACCGGGACAUUGAGAGACGUGAUAGAGACCGCGAUCUGGACCGCCGUGAUCGAUUCGACCGUCGUGAUGAGCUGGACCGCCGUCUGGACCGUGACGACCGUGACAGACCAGGAGAUAUGUGGAAGAGAGAUCGGCCACCAAGUCGAAGCGAGGUCAGGAAUCCCAGCAUCUCAUCUGUACUGCCUGUUCCUCCAUCCAUCCAUACCGGACCUCCAUCAGCGGACAGAAUUGCCGAUUUACCAACUAUCGAGCACCCUCGAAAAUCAUCUGGCGGGGAUUCCUGGCGUGACAUUGAAAGACUCGAAACGCUUCCCUCUCGCCCAGAUCCCUCAAAAGACCUCUUUGCGCCUGUUGCUAAACGCUCGCCGCCUCCUGUCGUACCUCAGGUUCCAGCAUUCGGUUCAGUAACCGCACCUAUUCCGGAUCUUUCAACCGAAAAAUCGUCUACGGAUGCACCUUCUGCCACCCCUUCACUAGCCAAGACUGAGAAAAACCGGCCAGAUCCCGGGCCUAGGCCGCAAAUGCAGCCGCCAACGGGACCCAAGGCAGAUCGGGGUCCGCCCCAUCAUGGCAUCGAGCAGCGUCCUCGACGCGAUGAAGCGAAGCGUGAUGAAAAUGUCGACACUCUUCCGAAACAGGAGAGCCCUGUGCGAACUUUCAAGACACCGCAAACUGUAUCGGUUGGCCUACACAAGCCGACGGAACUUUCUCCCCCAACCGCUCCAGCUGCUAUGGUUAAUAUUAAACGAACGGGCUUGGACGCUCCGGGUAUCACUGCCAAGGACAAUACAGUUACUCCCGACUCCUCGCCGGUGAAAUUAGGUUCGGCACCCGUUUUCUCAGAUGCAGGAUGGGGGCCACCAUCGGCAGGACGAUCUGCAUCACCGGCGUCACACACGUCGCCCCGCAUGCACUCCUCGAGUAUUCCUACUGGACCCCGUGCUCUUCAACAGCGGCCUCCCCCCUCCCGUGGAUCUUCUAAGGGAAACAAGCUCUGGGCACGGCCCAGCUUCAGUCGACCUCAUACCGGAACUAGCCCUCCUUUGCCACCAAAGAGAGAUUCAAUAGAUGGCCGACCCCGAAGCUUAUCCAUUAGUGAAGAUGUGAAACGAGAGGUGAAGAUGGUUUCUGACGAUCAGACGAAAAGCCCAGAUGCGAAUAGAAUUGAUACCAGUAAGAGUGUCAUUGCAGCAAAAGAGAAGGGAAACGCUUCCCGCCCCGAGCCUCUCGUGGAGCUCCCAAAUAACGUUUCUAGCCCUCCGAGACGGGCUGUGGAGGAGGAACCUGCCAAGCCCGCCGUCAAUAAGGAGGAUGUAAUGAUUCCGGAUUUUGAAAGGAGCGAUGAAGACGAGGAUGAGAAUGUCUUCUCGCAAGAGUUCUUAGAGAAGAGAAAGCAGGAUUUCGAAAAGGAUAUGAAGGCGCUCCGUGCAGAUAUGCCGCCUCCGCCGCUGGAAGACCCAAACAUAGUCUCGCUCCUCAUGCGUAUCCAGCUUCUGGGUAUGAUCGCAAACGAGACACAGCCUGAAAAAGUCCGCACGCCUACACCUCCAGUGGAAUCGAUUCUCUCCACAGAAGAGGCACCGGCUCCCUCUCAUGACGAGGAGGUUGACAACAAGACUGAGGAACAGGAACCACCGACCGAAGUGGUCUUGAAUUCACUUCCUGGAGCGAUAUCUGUUGAGGGUCUCCCAUUCUUUCAUUCAGGCCCUCCAACACCCAUGUCUGAUCUCGAUGUCUUUCAAGAUAACAUUGCGACUCAUGAACGUAUCAAAACGAUUCUCCGUGGGGAGUUGAUGGACCAGCGCAAGGCCAUUGCCAAGAAAAACGCAGAGUUGAGGCAGGAUUGGCUUGCUUACUACAAGCGAUGGAGGUUGAGUGUAUGGGAGCUAGACCGCGCAAAGGAAAAGACCACUGUCACGCCAGGUUUGACUCCGCCGCCGCCGCCACCCCCAGUGGUGACUCCUACCCCUGUCCUCGACACCCGUGAGGGUAGGCGCUACAAGGGUAACAGCGAAUUGGACUUCCAAAUGGCUCUUCGUGCCUCCGAGAUCUCUGCGCAGGAAGAGCUCGCUCGGCGUCGCGAGAAUAAAGCUACCGCGCAACCGGACCUCACUCGCGAGGCGGUGAUACCAGAUAUGCUCGAACCCCGAGAGGCCAAAGCUACUAUCUACAAAGACACCAACAACAUCGUCGAAACCUCUCAAGCCAUGGAGGUCUUCGGCUUCUUACCUCCGCCCAACGACUUUACCGCUGAAGAGCACGAGAAAUUCACUAAUGCCUUCAUGAGUUACCCAAAGAAAUGGGGCAAGAUUGCAGAGUCUCUACCUGGGCGGGAUUUCAAGCAAUGUAUUGUUCACUAUUACUUGACCAAGGAAGAAAUCAAGUACAAGGCCAAGUUGAACAAGCGCUGGAGUCGCCGCGGCCGUGCGAGGAGAUCUGCUAGGCCCAAGUCCAACGCCCUCAUGGCAGACUUGGGAGUAGUCAAGCCCGAUUACGAUGGCGAGGAGGAACCGACACCCGUUACUGAUACUGGUCGCCCACGCCGUGCGGCUGCACCAACCUUUGGAGACUCUUCUGCAGACACGGAGCAAAGUGCCAACGGCCGAAGGGGCAAUGCAGCAAAGGAUGGUGAGCAAGGAGAGAAACCUUCUGGCCGACGUGGUGCGCGUUCUGGCACUGGUACCCGAGGCGGCAGAAGGGGCAAAGCUAUCCAGCAACAACAGCAACAACUGCCCCCGCCACAGCCAUCUUCAUUGACCCCUCAGCCAGAGCAACCAACACCGGUAGCAGCGGUACCCGCUGUCACAACACCAAUCGCAAGUGUUCCUCCUGUUCCGGAACCUGCCCUGCAAAACAUUUCCUUGGAACCUGUGCUCGACCCUGGCAUCGCAAUCCUCAAGGAACAGGCUGAGAGAGAUCAGGUAGAUGGUCCUUCACGGUCAAAGCCUGGGCGCGGACGUCAGAGAGAGGGGAUAUACGCCUUCGAAUCUACGGAGGCAGAAAGUGCGACAGCAACGCCGAUUCCUGGUGCUGCCCGGCAGGAUAUGUACAAUUCUCCGCAGACUACUAGUUAUUGGUCUGUUCCCGAGCAGCGAGACUUUCCUCUGCUGCUGGCACACUUUGGCCGGGAUUUUGAGAGUAUUUCGAACUUUAUGAAGACAAAGUCUACCCAAAUGGUCAAAAACUAUUUCCAGCGACGACUUGAUUCUGGGAAGAGAGAUUAUGAGGAAAUCGCUGCAGAUGCGGAGCUCAAAAAGUCUCGUGGCGAGCCGACAGGCGCCUUGCCCAUCCCCAAUUUCACGUCUAAACGACGCUACGAAGCCACGCCUUCGACCGUCAGUAUGACUAGGCCUCUCGCACCACAUACUGAAGCUACGCCUGAACUUGACGACGGUCGACUUGUGUCUCACGUGAAACAUCCUGCGCUGUCUUCACAGCCAGGACCACUGCACGGACGGCCACUUCAUGAGCGGGAGCACAGCAUUUCCAGCCUGUCUCGAUAUCCGCCCCUUGCCCAAGCCAGCACUGCCCCAAUGGCCACUCAUUCGCCUGCUCUUGCCCUGGCCGACGAAACAUCGCGGACAAUCCACUCCCACACUGGGCUGCCGCCGCGAAUGCAAGGCCCACGCAUGGGGUACUUUGCAGAUGAUAAGCGCGACACGGUUUUCCCACAUGCAACACCUCGCUCUCACGAACACCCCUUGUCUUCACGUCCAGUUGCUGUCUCUGCUUCGGAAAUGGCCAGAAUGGAGCCUGUUCACGGCCAAGGUUUCCGAACUUCAGGGGUAGAUGUGCACGGAUCGCCUCUACUUCCGGGCCACAGUGCGACCGUACAGUCCCACCAACCCUACAUGCAGUCUCUGGCUCAACCCCACAAUCAGCCUCCGCCAUCGCUUAUGCCUUCAGGCUCCCACUCACGUCAACAUAGCCUGACCAAGGCUCCCAGUUCCCCAGGGCAGAACUUCGGGCGACACGAGCAUGAGAUGUCCCAUAUUCGUCGUGAAUCGGUCGGUCAAAGGCCGUUCUAUCCUUUGCAUUCUGCAGCUGGAUUAUCACAACCCGCUCCGGUCUUGUCCCCGACUAGAGACCCAAUGCGUUCCGGCUUGAUGCCUAUUGAACCUCUAGAGCCUCCUCGCCAAGUUCCUGCAAAACGGUCCAAUAUUAUGAGCAUCUUGAACGACGAGCCCGAGGAGCCUCAACCUCGCAAGCGAUUUGCAAGUGAUCAGGCUUCGUCCGUCCCCGCAGCGACUGCCAACAGCUCUCCUUCACGACCUGUAUACACGGGAAGCUCGUCGCUUCCCCAGCCAACACCGUCGCGACAAGAAGAGUCCAUUUUCUCGGCUUCUCAACCAAAGGGUCCAGGCUAUGCUCAGCAGAGCCCAUACUUACCACCCUCUCGCAAUUACCCCGAGUACGGUUCGUACGGGUCGGCCUCAGGAGCACCGGGCCCUGCGGGAAAUACUGAUUGGCUAGGACGAUUUGAUCCUCGAGGCCAGCAGCAAUCACAACAACCAGCAUCAGCUCCUCCACCACCUAGUCGUUCCGCUACAACACUGGCUCCUCAACCCACGUACUCGCCAUUUGCGUCUAGUCAGAACGCCUCGAGCCAGCCGUUACCACACCUCAAUGCCCAAUCGCCGGCACCCACGCCAUCGCCAGCCCCCCCAUCACAACGUCCGGCGUACCCUACAUCUGUUUAUGCGCCAUCACCCGCCGCACAUGCGCAAUCUGCAGGAGCCGGGUCGCGUGAGCUUCCUUCGCAGACUCCAAUGUAUCGUUCGGCGAUAAACUCACCAACGACGCGUAACAGCCAUAUGGCGUAUCCCUCGCGCCCGGGGCUUUCCUCGGCGUCAUCGUAUGGCUCAACCUCGGGACAUGUGUCGGGGACACCUCAGCAACAUCCGGGCGGUGCACAGGGGUACUCACACGUACAGCCGAUGGUCAAUGCAGUACAACAACCUCAACCUCACCGACCGGCUCUGGGGCUGUCUGGGGCGCAAUAUGGCCGCAGCACUCCCCCGCUACCCGGGCCAGGCGUCCAACAAAUCGGCCGUCCCUAUACUCCCCCGGCCAUUCUACAACAGAACCCCACAGGUGGGAUGGCCUAUGCGCCGAGUGGGCCCGUAAAUCCCCACACUCUUCAAACGCGACCAUCCGGUCCUCUAUCUGACGCGGUUCCUGGCCCCAGUCAUCAUCGCGUUUAUAGUCUACCAUCGCAACAUCCGCCUCGAUAAGUAGCGAGAGUGUUCGGGUGAAUCAUGUAUUUUAGGACAUUCUCUUGACUUGUUUCAUCUAAUCUGUUCGACGUUCUUUUCAUGUUCAUGCUGGUCAGGAUCUUAUUCAUACUUACGAGUUGAUGUAUAGUAGAUGAUUCCAUAAUAGACGAGCGAUCAAAUGGCUACCUCUCGGAUGGCGAGGAUUCAUGAGCGACAAUGUUACAUACAUAGUUCUAGACUAUCGACCUACGGUCGCCAACGCCACGUUUCACCAAUUCGACCAUACUUCGUCGUCGUCAAUCCUAAAAUCCAUAAUAACAAGACGAACUCCAAACGACAAGCGCGCCUAGGGCAUCGCACUUCUUGUCCCGAACGCCAAUCUUCUCUCUUAG